GCGGCCUGAUUUGUUUACACGCGAAUCAAACGUCAACUUGCAAUUUUCUGUGGUGAAAAAUUAGAAAUGCCUGUAAUUUAUUUUGUUUUAAUGUAGUUUAAUGUUAAAUAUUGUAUGUUUGAUUCGUUUGUAUAAAAGAAUUUUCACAUCAACACAAGUAAGUCGUCUCUUCGCCACGAAAAUGAAUAAAAAUCAGGACAACAGGCUGGAGACGUUUCGACGUGUUUGUGAUGAAAUUGCCGAAGAGCGAAGCUACAACAACAAAGCGCAAUUGUUGAAAGAUUUCUUUCAUAAAGGUUCUGACCGGAAAGGGUUUAAGGGCGAUGUGUUGCUCUGGGUACAAAUGUUAAUACCUGGUGCAAAUCAUCGGGUCUACAAUCUACAAAAUAAACAAAUGCUCAAGUUGUUCUCACGAAUAUUCGCUUCCGAUCUGCUCGAUAUGCAGCGGGAACUGGAACAAGAUGGCGACGUUUCGGAAACAUUGCGCAAAUAUUUCGAGUCUUCACAAAAGCUGAAACCUGCAAAAGAAAGCACGCUUUAUCUUCAAGAAGUUGAUGAGUUCCUGAUAAAAUUGGAAGAGCGUACGAAGGAGGACGAACAAACUGACCUGCUUCGGCAGUUGUGUCAGCAAGCGACCGCCUUAGACCUGCGAAUGGUGAUACGUCUUAUAAAGCAAGAUUUACGUAUAAAUGCGGGAGCACGUCAUAUACUCGAUGCACUCGGACCACUUGCUUACCCGGCCUAUCAAUCGUCGCGUGACUUGGUAGCAGUUGUAAAACAAUUUACGGGCACAGCAAAGCAAAAGGAAGCGGCAGUAUCACCUCUAAAAUUAGGAAAAAUUACUGGUAAAAUUAGCCUAGUUCAAGUAAUGACACCGAUUUCACCGAUGCUAGCUAAUGCAUGCAAAUCGGUUGAGGAUGCGUUCAAGAAAUGUCCAAGCGGUUUGUACACUGAAAUAAAAUAUGAUGGAGAGCGUGUACAGAUACACAAGCGUGCCAAUGAGUUCAAGUUUUUCAGCCGUAAUCUGAAACCGGUUAUGAAUCAUAAAAUAAAACGCUUCCACGAACUCAUUCCAAAGGCAUUUCCAGGAGCCGGGGAUAUGAUUUUGGACUCGGAAAUCAUAUUGGUCGAUACAGUAACUGGAAACCUGCUACCAUUCGGCACCCUGGGGGCGAAUAAAAAGAAAGAAUUUGCACAUGCCGAAGUGUGUAUUUUCACUUUUGACUGCCUGUUGUUUAAGGGAGAGGAUCUUACAAAUAUGCCUUUUCAUAAACGUCGAAAAAUAUUGGAGGAAAAUAUAAACCCCAUCAAAUCUUGUGUGGAACUUUCAGAAAGUCAAUUUCUGAAAACAAAAAAUGAAUUAUCUCUUAUGACCGCCAAGGUUUUGAAGGCGAAUCUCGAGGGUGUGGUGCUGAAGAAUCCCAACGGCACUUACCAACCUGGCAAGCGUGGUUGGCUGAAAGUAAAAAAAGACUAUCUUUUUGGCGGCAAAAUGGCAGACACUGCGGAUUUGGUUGUGUUGGGCGCUUGGUUUGGUUCUGGCAAGAAAGGAGGUGUGCUGAGCAUAUUCCUGAUGGGCUGCUAUGACAAUAGUGAUAGGCUCUGGAAGACUGUAACGAAAGUUCAUUCAGGUUUAGAUGAUGCCGAAAACGAAAAAGUACAUGAAGAGCUUAUGCAGCUAAUGGACCGAGCAGAUCCGAAUAGGUUGCCUUCAUGGCUGCUAUGCAAGAGAUCUUUGGUGCCUGAUUACAUUGCAAAAGUGCCCAGUAAAAUGCCUGUAUGGGAAAUAACAGGCGCUGAGUUUACCAAAUCGGAAGCUCACACAGCAGCGGGAAUUUCCAUUCGAUUUCCACGUAUAACGAGGCUUCGUACAGAUAAAUCGGCGGAUCAUGCUAAUGAUCUAAAAUAUCUGCAAAAACUUUACGAAGCUUCCAAAAAUGAUGUGAAUGUUGAUUUAUUAUUAUCCAAUUGCGGCGAUGAAGAGGGAGUGGCAAAUAUUAAGAUUGAGGAAAUUGAAUCCAAAAUAAAUCUCUCGCCAACGAAAAAAAUCAAAACCGAAAAUACUGACGAUGUUAUGCCAGGAAGUAGCACUGGAAAAAGGAAAAACGGUGAGAUGGAUACGGACUUAGGCAAAAGUAGUAAGAAGAGAAAAACUCAAAGUCCGAAAACGAAAGAGGAAAAAGCGCAGAUCAAAGUGAAGGUGGAGAGAACUCAAACCAAAUUAGAUUUUAGUUCCCAUGUCAAGAAGGAGAACAAAUUGUAUGAUUUUAUAAAAACUGAGGAUGUUAGGAAAAAAAAUUCGGAAGCUGAUGAAUCCAGUGAAAUUGAACUCAAAAAAAGUGGCAUAUUUAAAAACCUAGUAGCGCAUUUUGAUGACGAAAUAAAAGACGAGAAACUUAAACGAUUAUUUGUCGAUAAUGGUGGUAUAGUGGCGAGCAACACCAAGGAAGCGAGCAUAGCAUUCUAUGCAAAGACAAAAGUGAACAGAGAUCUGAGCGAAAUAAGGAAGUGCUACAAAAGUAGCGCACGGCAUUUGAGCAUUGACUGGAUUUACGAUUCAAUACGGGAAGGAAAAUGUAGUGAAUAUCCAAUCUACGCAGUUGUGCUGCGAUAAGAUCAUAAAGUAGUCUAAGCCCAAAAUUAAGUCACAUUGUUAAAUUUCACUAUUAUCUUUUA